AGCAGGGCCGGACCCCCCCGGGGGGCAGAGUGCGGCCGGCGGAGAGGCCGCCCCCGUGCCGCUGCCCUCUGCAGCGCGCGCCUUCACUCGGCGGGGGCUGCCGCGCGGCCCAGCGCCACACCGGGCGGCGAGGGACCAAAAUUCUGCUCGUGCGGCGUUUUCCUCCUCCGUGCACGGCGGCGCCAUGGGACAGAAGGCCUCGGCGCCCGCGAUCUGCAACGGCGGCACCUCGGUGCUGGGCGGCGGCGACGGGUCGAGCGGGGGGCUGGUGUUGCCGAUCGGCGGGAACUUCGAGGCCGCGUGGGGCGACGGCAUCCAGAGCCUCAUGUACUUCUCUGGCCUGAUGUACUGCUUCGUCGGCGUCAUGCUCAUCGCGGACGUGUUCAUGGCCGCGAUCGAGAAGAUCACCUCCGCGAAAGUGCGGCGCCUGAACCCGAGGACGCAGAGGUGGGUAACCACGGACUGGUGGAAUCCCACAGUGGCGAACCUCACGCUCAUGGCCCUGGGCUCCAGCGCCCCAGAGAUACUGCUCAGUGUGAUAGAGCUCCUUCAGAACUCGAUGCAUGCCGGCGAGCUUGGUCCAUCUACUAUUGUCGGCAGCGCGGCGUUCAAUCUUCUCGUCAUCAUCGCGGUGGUGGUGUCCUGCGUCCCUGACGGGGAGCGGAGGAAGAUCAAGGAGCUGCCGGUCUUCUACAUUACUGCUGUCUUCUCGAUCAUGGCGUACGUGUGGUUGCUCAUCAUCCUAAGCGGGAUUUCUCCGAACGUUGUGGAGUGGUGGGAGGGAGUGAUGACCUUUCUCUUCUUCCCCUUGCUCUGUGUGAUCGCCUGGCUCGCCGACAUUGGCUACUUCCACCAGCUCCUCAAGCUGCCCGGCCAGGGCCAGAGCAGGAGGCUGUACUUCACUCCACAGAGCACGCCCGAGGAAAUCCAUGAGAUGCUGAUGGUCGUGCGCAGGAAGUACGGGGAGGGGUGUCAAGGCUGCGAGAAAGACCUCUUGGCGUACGAGUUCGGCCCGCCCACAAGCCGGGCCGUGCGGCGGGUGCAGGCCUCGAGCUCGUUCGCGCAGGGCAAGGCCUCGGUCACGUCAGAGCGGGAGUCACUGAAGAAGAUGGCCAGCCAGGUGCCACGCGCCAGCCCCCGCGCGCUGGCGGGAACGCUGGUGGAGUUCGCGCACGAGAACUACCGCUGUUACGAGUCCGACUCCCAGGUCGUCCUGGCCGUAAAGAGGUCCGGGGAUACCAGCCGCCGCACGCUGGUCAGGGUCAGCACGGCCGACGGCCGGGCCACUGGCGGCGAAGACUACGUGGCGUUCGACAAGACCUUGACAUUCGAGCCCUUCGAGGAAGAGAAGUUGCUCCCUGUCAAGAUCAUCGACGAUGAUAAAGAAGAGGGCCUGGAGGAGUUUUUCGUUGUCCUUGACUUACACGACGACGACGAGAGCGGAGCCGGGCUGGGGGCUAUUGCAAAGGCGUCUGUUCUCAUCAUAGACGACGACCACCCAGGAGUCCUCGCCUUUGCACAGGACUCGCUGACCAUCCAGGAAUCUGCCGAGGACACGGACCUGAUCGUCGAGGUCGUGCGCAGCAAAGGGGCCAAGGGUACGGUGUCCUGCGCCUGCUACACCGAGGACGACUCCGCCGUCGGGGGGCGCGACUUUGAGAGGGUCGACACCAAGCUCACCUUGUCGCACGGGGUGGCCAGCGUGAAACUUCGCGUCCGCAUCAACCCAAUGGGCCGCCACGAGAUGACCGAGACGUUCCGGCUCGUUUUGGACAGCCCCGAGGGCGGCGUAUGCUUCGACGAAAUGACGGACGGCGGGGCCGACAAGUGCAUCUGCACCGUAACCAUAGAAGGCAGCACCGAGAACCACGGCGCGGUGGCGAGCAUCAUGGCCUCAUUGUCUUUCAACGAAGACAAGAUGUCCAUUGGCAAACAGCAGUGGAAGGAACAGUUCGUCGACGUCGUCUACGUCGGCGGGGGCCUGGACAGCGAGCCCGCAAAGAGCUUCGCGCCGUGGUUUUUCCACGUGCUCAUAUUCCCCUGGAAGCUCUUGUGCGCCUGCGUGCCGCCGCCAGUGUACUUUGGAGGGUACCCAACAUUCUUCAUCGCCCUGGUAAUCAUCGGGGUACUGACUGCCUUCAUUGGCGACCUGGCCUCGAUGCUCGGCUGCGCCAUCGGGAUGGAGGACAGCGUCACCGCGAUCACCAUCGUGGCCAUCGGCACUUCACUGCCCGACACGUUCGCAUCCAGGACGGCGGCCAUACAGGACGAGACGGCCGACGCCAGCAUCGUGAACGUCACGGGGAGCAACUCCGUCAACGUCUUCCUGGGCCUGGGCCUGCCCUGGAUGCUGGGGUCCGUCUACUGGGCCAUCAAGGGGGUCGACGUGGACGACCCGUCGGACCCGUGGGUGAGGCGUGGGCAACAGGUCGGAUGGUACCACAGCCACCCGGACAUCCGGAACUUCUACCCCGCCACCUUCGUGGUCCCCGCCGAAGGCCUGGCCACGAGCGUCGCGACCUACACCGUCUGCGCAACGGUUGCCAUCGCCGUCCUGUGCCUGCGGCGGUGGUUUCUCGGGUGUGAGCUUGGCGGCCCUGCGAAAUUAAAAUACCUCACAUCCGCCCUUUUCGUACUCCUGUGGCUGGUCUAUCUGGAAGUGUCGAUCCUGGCCAACUAG